AUGUUGAGGGAAGACAUAUGGGAUGAUAUCGAGGGGCGCGUACCACGUCAGCGACAAGGCUAUGAUGACGUUGCUUUUGGAAGCAUUUAUACGAACAUCAGGAUGCUCAUCUUGUGGACAGCUCUACUUUUGGUGUUCAACUGCGCUUCAGCACAACAGAAGUGUGAAGUUUGCACAAAAGUCCUGACAGAUGCAAUGGCAAAAGUACCAGAAGCCGACAAAUCGAAGCCUGAUGAGAUUGGAAAAGUCAUCAGAAAGCACUGCGAAGAUGAUGCCAAGAACAACAAGGACCAUAAAUUCUGCUUUUACAUUGGUGCUCUUCCCGAAUCGGCCACAUCGAUGAUGGUGGAUGUAACCAAGCCUUUGUCCUGGUCUAUGCCUGCGGAAAAGGUCUGCGACAAGUUGCGCACAAAAGACGCCCAAAUCUGCGAACUGAAAUACGAGAAGCCACUUGACUGGAAGACUAUCGACUUAAAGAAGAUGCGGGUGAAGGAGCUGAAAAAUAUUCUCAGCGAAUGGGGAGAGGCUUGCAAGGGCUGUACCGAAAAAUCAGAGUUUGUCAAGAAGAUCGAAGAGCUCAAGCCAAAAUACGUCAGAGAAGAGUUGUGAUUUACCACGCAAAUCAGGGUCUUCCUUUCGUUUGCUGCCGAUUGUCAACGGCGCAUUCCAAAUGCAUCUCAUGGUGUUCAAUCGUAUGGGUGCGAAGUCCCAUUUUCACGGGAUACUUUACAUUCUGGAACGCCAUCCAAGUUAUCAAGGCGUGUAAUUUUAGGGGGUUUAUUUAUUCUCUGUUACAUCGUUUUUAUUGUGAUAUAUUAGCUAUUGUUGCGAUAGCGUAUAAAAUUACUUGUUGCUAGGCUCUUUCAAUUGCCUUAAUUUCUUUGGUUUGUUUCAUAUUAAUGUGGCGUAAUAAAUAGUUAAAUGAGUGUUUUAC